AUGAUAUGGGAAAAGUUCUUUGCGGCGAUAGGAAUCGCGACUGUGUUCUUUAUUCUGCUGGGCUUACUGUCAACCGCAUACACAUUCCUCCACCCUUCUAGGCUACCCAAAUACCUGCACGAUGGUAAAGAAUCGUAUGCCUUCAUCACAGGGGCUACAGAUGGAGUCGGUCGCUCCAUGGCCUAUGAAUUAGCGAAGAGCGGCUUCAAUCUUGUCCUUCAUGGUCGAAACAGCGAAAAACUAUAUGCCAUUACUGAGGACCUAAAUAAUCAAUACCCGGCCAUCAAAACUCGCCAUUUUGUUUUUGACGCAUCGAAGGACUUGCUGGAAGAUUCUGUAUUACAGGACUUAUACAAGGUGUUGCAGGGUAUCCAUCUCACCAUCUUAGUGAAUAAUGUCGGCGGCAUGGGCUGUCUACCACCUGUCAACCUGUUCAAGGCCUACGAGUCAUAUGAAGGAGACCAAAUCGACACGGUACUCAACGUGAACAUCCGCUUCAUGACGCAACUCACCCGCAUCCUUCUACCGCUACUUGACCACGGACCCAUCUCCAUUAAUUCCAAGAAGGCCAAACGACAGCCCUCACUGAUUCUAAAUAUGGGUUCCGUCGCUGCGCAUGGCUCGCCGUACGUCAGCGUAUACACAGGCACAAAAGCCUUCGUCGCUUCAUUCUCAAACUCCUUAAGCAUGGAGAUGCAGAUGGAAGGCAAAGACAUCAAUGUCCAGGUUCUGAUACUAGGCGAGGCCAGAAGUGGGUCACAUAUUGUCAAAGAAGGGUUUUUGAUCCCUAAUGCCGACACGUAUGCACGGUCUGCGUUGAAGAGGGUUGGGUCUGACAGGGAAGCGAUUAUAUCAGGUUAUUUUCCUCAUUGGAUUGCGAAGACAAUGGUGCACAUUUUGCCAGAGAGGGUUUCGCGGCAAAUCUUUAUCAAUGCUGUCAAGGAGAAGAAGGAAGCCCAUGAGAAACGAAUGGCUUCUCUCGUGGAAUAG